GUUGUUUAACAAUAUAAGGGAGAGAGCACCCAAUGUCAAAAGUGUGGCCUGGAUCGAUACGUCAGUCUCUGCAAAACCUUUAUUUUGUCGCAUCAAAAAAGCAGUAUCACGCUUGGCAUAUCUUUCUUUCUUGAUCAGUGUUGGUAAGUAAGUCUAAACUCACAGUAAAAGUAGAUCCAGACAUUUCAAAUGCCCCAGAGAGUAUUUUCUUCUGAGACCAAUUUCUUGGAUCAGGUCUUAAAGUGUUAUCACUAUAUUUUAUGUUGAUAUUUGUUAAGAUGGCAGUUGCUUUCAAAUUUGAUUAAUACUCUGCUCAGUGAGUUAAAGAAAAGCUAAUGGUAAGCCAAGAAGAUGCAAUUGCGUCUAGCAUUAGAUAAAGGAGCUUUGACAGUUUUCCUUUGGCCCCUAUAGCAUGGAUGUCUAGUUUACGCCACAAGUGAUGGCGAGACACCCAAUGCAGAUGUUGAAUUUAUUUCUUUUUAUGGUAAACAAUCUUACAGGGUUAUUGGCUCAAUGAAAUAUGUUUGUGCCUUUUUAAGAGCAAGUAUAAUGACUUUAGACAUUUCAUUGACAUUCUCACGGAAAUGGCCACAUUGAACUAACUUUCAUGCUGAGUUUUUCUUGUUAAAAGUCGCCCUGUGCUUUCUUUUUGUCUCUAGCCAUUGGAGGGUUGAUGAUUGCAUAUUUUAUUGUGCAAGAAAGAUGGAGAAGAGAGGAAGAAGAGACCAGACUGAUGUACAAGUUUGUGGAAGAAAUCAUUGGUGGGUGCAAGGUUUUUAGUGUUGAGUUUUUAUUUUCUGAUAAUGUAGGCUUUGAGGCUUUUUUAUACUCUUUCAUUUCCCUGAAAGACAGUAUUUUUGUAGUUUAAGGGAUUUAGUUUCUUGAGUUGUUAUUUUUCUUUGAAAUAUGGCACAUGCUUACUAGCAUGCCAGUUUGAUGUUUAAAACAUUUUAAUGUAUCUCCACAAUGGUGGUAAAAGUGUUUGUGUUUCGAGUUUUGGGUAGUGUCUCAAAAAUUCCAUGAAUACCUUUGUCAUGUUCAUGAAAAUGGAGCUCAACUUAAAGGCAUAGGAGAAUAAAUGUAUUUAAUUAUAUAGCUGGCAGUGCUCAUGGGCAAUAUGAAAUGAAUACUGGGUUCUGAUUGGCUACCUGAGCAAGCUAGACUUUGAUUCCACACAAAGAAAAAAAAGUUUUGUGGAGCAGACCUACAAAGUUCAUAACUUUUGGACAAUGUCUGAGAUGGAGCAAAAGGGACUGAAGAUGGGCAAAACAAAUGAAACAUAGAGGACUCUCGCAAAUUUGGAGAGCUAUAAAUGCAGAAAAGAACUUGGCCAAUAUUCAGUCAUCUCUACAUCAUGCUUGGUCAAUAAUGCUUAUUUACAAGAUUAAAUGAAACCACUUCUCACAGGUUUUUUCCCCCAGAUUUGCUGCAUUCACAUAUAGUUGUCUCUUGUUCAGCAAAGUUGAAUCUUUCCUUUAACUGUUCACAAAUGAGCUCAAUUUUUCCAUUUUAAGACAUUUUAUGGGAGCACCACGAGGCAAGCAAAACUGAGAAGAAUUUGCUGCCAUAUCUUCCAAUUCCUCACGUUAGGGACAUGUUAAUUCCUCCUACUGAAAGGUUAGCCAACAAACAAUUUAAUUUACUUGCAGUCACAUAGUUGCUUUGUUGAAUGGUGUACUGAAGGACUCAGACACUUUUUGUAGUUUUGAGUGUUGGCCCAGUGGCUUGUUUUGCACUUUGGGAAUUUUAAAGUACCUUCAUUGUUCUUCCACAGUCACCUAAUGGCUGACUGUGACACCCUUUGAGAGGUCUGGGUUCAAGACUUGCGCAAGUCAUUGUGUUGUGUUCCUGGGCCAAACACUUCUUUUUUUUUUCCACAGUGCCUAUAUCUGCCCAGGAGUGUAAAUGGGUACUGGCAAAUUGCCUGAUGAAACGCUUGGGGGCAAUAAUAUUCCUUGUUGCUUUUUGUUAUGUAAAUCAGAAUAAGCUUAGGCUGUAUGGGCCAUCUAGCAUGAGCACAGACAACCUAACUUUUACUUGGCUGUUGUUCUGAUAUAGAAUCCAUUUUUUUUUUUUCUUUUUCAUUUUGAACAGACAGAAGAAGUUUAAAGCAUGGACUAGAGCAGUGAGGUUUCUGAGUGCAAACGAAUCACGCAUCCGUGUGGAAAGUCAACGGAUAGCUGGAGAGGAUUUUGAAGUUUGGCGGUGGAUCCACAUUGCUACACCUAAACCUCACAGCCCCAAACUGUCACUUUCGGUAAGUGUAUUUCCUCUGCAGAAAUGGAAUUUUUUAAAUUUGAUAGAGGCAGUGAUUAAAUUAUAUCAAUGUGACUACUUUAAGAAACUUUUGACACCCUGUCGACUAAUCUGAUGUAAGAUUGUAAACAACCUCAACUUUCACCCUCUUUGUUUCUUGGGCAGUCUGGUAGUUUUCACUUUAACAAGUAACUUUCAUCAUUUCCUUGUGAUAUUUUGUUUUGCUGUGACUACAUGUAUAUGGUGGAAAAGGACACAAAUUUAAUAUUUACAACUGAAUUUUCAAACCUAAUAGAGGAGGUUCUUGAGCUUGGCCUGGUUCAGCUGUAAGGAAAAACUGUAUCUAGAGUGCACAACUGAUAGUUUACAAUUACUAUCCUACAGGGCACAAAAGGCAGCAAAUAUUGGCAAGGACAAGGUGAUUUAGAUAUUUCAGUUUUGUUUCUAGUCGCUACUUGUUUCCUUUAAUUUGAUAUUACAGACUUAUUGACCCUUAAACCCUUGAGAGUGAUAAGGAUGCAGUUUCUCCUUAUAUUCUCACGGCUGAAUCACUUAUUAAAGUCAUGAGAUUAAAUGAAAAGAUGGCUGUGACUGUGACAGUGAAAUCUCUGAUUUCUCUUUUUUGUUUAACCCUUUAACUCCCAGACAUGAUUAACAUGUAACUUCUCUCUAUGAUAUUUGUACAAUAUCUAACAAGCAAGUAAUGAGAAUACCUAAACUUAUCAGGUACAAGUUUUUAUCAAGAUUUAUAAUAAAGUUUGGAUAUAACGCGCGCUGUCAUUGGUUGAAAGAGCGUGCUCUAUGAGAGUUUAUAAUAAAGUUCGGAUAUAACGCGCGCUGUCAUUGGUUGAAUUCUCAUUCUAUGAGAGUAUAGAGCAUAGAACUGAGCUAAAGCUGUCACGCCAUCUGCCAAAUUAUUCUAUGUUUGAUCUUUUCCGGGACUUCUUUUUAGCUUUUUUCCGAUAAUUGAAAGUGAAAUUUCGGAACAAGCGAGCCGGCAAGUAGCAACAGAACAACCAAACAAAGGUUUGUAAACAUACCAGGCGCCGUAAUUUACGUUAUUAAAACGUUAGCAGAUAUGAAAAUCCUUUAAGGAAAAACAAAAUCGACAUUCCGAGUUUCAAAGAUUUUCACACUCAGUUAGAUUGCAAGCUUAAGAGUACGGUAAUAAAAAUCAAACACAGCAAACACUCGAAUAGUAUAUAAUGUUCAGAGUUCAAAAACAAAAUAGAACAAAACAGAAAUGAUGAAAAAUAUAACCAAACUGGCAUAACUGUUAAAAUUCAUACUAAUCAUUACGGUGUCUGAGGAAAUAUGAUCAUGCUGAAGUCCAUCGCGGCUCGCUUAUCAUGACGAUCUCCGGUCAUCACAGUAAAGCAAGCCUCAGAAACUACAUCGGCCGCCCUUCGAGUGAAAAAAUAAGAACUCGCUCUGAUAUCCUUUCCGAUGCGUUGAGUGGAAAGUCACUUCAGUCACUGCAGCCGAGUUUUGCGGCGCUGUCAUCACGAGCGAUCUUCAUGUUCCGGUAAAUUCGGCUGUCGUUCAUUCAAAAAAAACUCGCCUUGAACAGUUUGUUUUCUACCUUGUCAUGUGAAAAAACUCGCGUGUUUUUAUGAGCCAUAAUUCGGCUGAAGUUCACUGAACAUUUCACUUCAAGAUUCUGUAUUAGAGACUUAAAAACUUCAGGCAAAAGUGUUAAAUUCGACUUGCCGAACUAUUUUAGUUUGUUAACUAUCGUAGAAUGUGAACUUUGAUGGUUUUUGAACUUUGAUGUUUUGACACUUUUGAAAGCUUUAGUCUUGUACAGCAAAUCGGAUUAUUUGAACGAUUCUAACAGGGAUUCUAAUUGGCUUAUUGUAGCGUGCUUUAUGAGAGUAUAGAGCAUGCUGACGACACAGUAGUUCGCUUUGGAAAUAAAGUUUGUUUUGAAAAUUGAAAGUAAUGCUUGGGUAAUUUAACGGAUUCUUUAUUAUAAAACAAAUAGAGAAGCCAUGACUGUGCUCUGUUCUGUUAUAAAACUUUAGGAAGCGGCUAGAGCACUCAAGAAGUGGGAAGAAACACUCGACUACGUCUCGUGUUUCUCCCUACACUUCUUUCGUGCUCUAGCCGCUUCCUGCGUGCUUUAUAACAGAACAGAGCACAGUCAAGGCUUCUCUAGUUGUUAACUAAAACCAAACACUUGACACUAAUUUACAAGGAAAUGUGUAGCAAGUGUAGGGAGAAUUUAGAAUUACAUCUUGGGAGUUAAAGGGUUAAGAAAUGAUUUGCUCGAAUGCCAAUGUGACGGGAUCCUUUUUUAGUUAUUUAACAUCAUUUUGCAGCAUUUGAACACUUCCAGCCUGCUGUUAAUCCUCCUGUGAUCAGUCCAACGCCCUGUUUGAAAAUAGGGAAAAUGUUUGAUCCAAAUGUGUAAGUACAACAUUAACAAUUACAGUUGUGUUAUAAUUAUAUGCAGGGAUUAGGAAGGCCGUGCGCCAUGCGCGUAUGGCGCAUAAAGCUACGAAAUGGCCCAUUAUAAAAAUACUUACCGGGCCUGUGAUGCGCCCUGACCGCACAAAGCUAGUGAAAUAUAAACUAUUUUGUGAAAAGGAUUUUAAUUUGUAAAAGUUUCACUUUGGUGAGACAUAAACAAGCGAAAAACUACGGUGCCUUCGCUCGUUUGAUCACGCUCGCUUCAUUCUUGUUCCCAGACCCUGAACUCGGACUUUGCAUGCAAACGAGGCUAUUGCUCAGAGUUCCAUGUGCUUUCGUUUUCGAGCAGAGUUCGAGCGUUUUGAAUGUAUUUGCAUCGAUUAGCCUCAUGCCUCCGAAAAAAAUCUUGAGAUUGGACAGCUCGCAGAGAACGUUGUCUACAUUUUUCAACACAACAGCGGAGCAGAAUCGUGAUACUGUGAGCGAAAACGACCGUGAAACGUACGAAACAGAUGAUUCAUGUAUAGGCAUAGACUGUAAUACACAAGCAAUAAACCUUUGUUAAAAUUUUUACUGGCCCAUUUAUUUACCCUAAUGGCCCAAACGUUUUAUAAAUGGCCCAUAACUUUCCAAUGAUAGGGGCCAUAGGCUCAUUUGCCUGUUAAACCUUCCUAAUCCCUGUAUAUGUUUUGGUUGUGUAGAGUAGGAUCUUUCUUUUUUGUGUUAUUACUGCAUUAGGUUGUCAUUUCAUCACAAGAUCAUGUUUUUCUUCCAUUUCAUGGUAACCAAAUAUUUUCUAUUUGAAGUUGUUCAGAUAUGAAAUUUCUCUAUUAAGAUUUUAUGUUCAAUACAAGUAUCUUCAGUAAAUCAUUUCCCAUGCUGCAUGUAAAAAGUGAUGUGUAAUCAACAAGAGUUUUCACCAACGAAGAAGAAUUGGUGGAGUUAGGUUUCAAAAUUCCAAUUUCUCACUUCUCAUUUGUGCCUAGAAAUUUCAGUAGAUAUAUUACAAGGGGACUGGUCCCUUACCCUAUUAACCCUUGUAAGAGUGACCAGCGUCUAAUUUCUCCUUACCGUUAUACUGCUGAAUCAUUCAUUAUGAUCAUGAGAAUAAAGGAAAUGAUCACCAACCCAACAACCUUUGAUUGUCAAACGAAUUCUCCUCUUCAAUACCAAAGGAAAUGUGUAAGGAAUGGUAUGGAGAAUAUGGAUACUGAUGUUAGGGUGUUGAGAGUUAAUUUGAAUAAAACGAGGGGCUAGACGCUCCACACUACCCUCCCCAAAUUUCUCCCUGUUCUCAUCUUUUACCUGUUCUGAUCGCAUGUUGACUAUUGUAGCGAAACUGAAGAUGGCCGGCAUGUGAUGAUUGAAGAUGCUAUAUUAGAGAAGUGCAUUGAGAAUGGAGCAGGUGUUGUUCACAUAGCAGUGGAAAAGAGUUCCAGCGAGGUACGAUACAUUUUUUUACCUUCGUAAUUUUUGUGUUGUUCUUCUUCCUAUGUUCCUAUUAUUGCCGCGAACUGUGACUAACAUUUGAAAUAUGAACCUUAAUCCAAAAUCCGUCACGAAGGCUUUGAGAAAACUCUCAAAAAACUUUUCAUUGUUUAACCUAACAUUGAGACCAAGAAAAUCGAAAAGAUGAACAUGAUAAAGAGGUUUAAACUCGGUGCCCUCGUGGCACCGUUCCAGGAUGCCCGCCACCGCGCAUGCACAAAAACUUAAAUGUCCCGUAUAGGUAACCAAGCGACGGCUGGGCGUCGACCAGCUGCAACACCCAUCUUGACUCGUGAAAUACCUGGUUAUGGUUUGUACCGGUAUAUUUCUUUAAGGGAUGUGUUUAAUUAUUUUCCCGCUAACGGUGGGUUUAAUCUUUGAUUUGCAGGUCGUCUUGUUACGGUCAAAUAUCUCACUUUGAAGCGCUACCAUCAGCGUUUCCCUGUGGCUCUGGAAGCCACCGAACGACUGAACCCCUCUGGAUCUUCUCCUUCCUCUCUGGUAACGUUUGAUCCUGACGAAGCAGAAGAUGAAGAAGAUAUUAAUGAUUCAGAUAUCGAAGCAUACUGA